AUGGAGGAACUUUUACAAGAAAUCUUUAAAGAAGCCACGGGACCCAAGUUAAUAACGCUCAAGAAAUCAUGUCAGGAUGCAUUAGAGGUGUUAUGUAUCCAAGAAAGCAACGCUCGCCGGCCGUCGUACGAGUUGAGGCGCGCGUGCCUGCUGCCGCUGCAGAUCGCUCUCGAGACCAAGCGACCGCGCCUCGUCUCUUACGCGCUCCAGGGCUUCCAUAAAAUACUUCGCGACGAUCGAUUUCACAGAGGAAUCGAACCCGAAGACGACUCACUAUGGAUGCCAUCACAACUGCUGUGCGCUACUGCCUCCGUUAUGUACCACCAACCAGAAACACAGGUGCAAAUAUUCCGCAUGUACCUGUCGCUGGCGCUGUCACCGCGUCGUACACUGAACGGCCGCCUGUGCGUGUGGGCGUGUGGGCGAUGCGGCGAGGCGGCGGGGGCGGCGCCCCAAGUUGCGGCGGCCGCCCGCGCCGCCGCCGCCCAAGCUCUGCGGGCUUACUGCGCGCAGCUCGAUGAAGAAUGCCAAGAGCUGCUCUCUGAAGGUUCUCCAGUCGGCGGGAAUCACAUCGUUGCAGUGGGCUGCUACAGCGAGGUGAUACCGGUCAUACAAUAUCUGUGCAGUCGACUGUCGGAAACGCAAUUAAUACCAAAGCAGAACCCACUGGCACUGUUCUUCCUCGACUGCUUGUUGACCCUGAUGUCCAGCCUCUCGGAACGCGUCUGCGGCAACUCCCACUUCACAACGUUCCUCUGGCAGAAGUUCUGUCCAUCCCUCAUCUCCUUUCUUGGGACGCCAAGGGUCGACAAGAAUAUAAAGGCUAGGGAGCACGAAGGGCAUCUAGUUGACGACUCCGGACGAGGUUCUGGUGCUCUGGUGUGCGCGCCGAGCUUCAACAGCAAGCAGGCUAAGGCUAUUUAUAGCAUAGCAAAUCAACUCGUUCGAUUAGUGGGCUCCAUUGCAAAUCUACGACCUGUCCUGGAAGCUCUGUACCAUAGGAUGCUGUUGUACCCGCCGGUGUCGCAUCGCGUAGAGCCAUUAAGAAGUGUGAGGGAGCUCCUUCAGCACCCGAAGAGACUGUGCCAACUGGUGCUUCUGAAGAAAACUGAUCCCGAGAGACACAGCGACGAUAUGGCCAUCAUAAGAUUAAUAAUGGACGGCAUAGAGGAUUGCGGUCGCAGCGGGAACCCAGAAGUGGUGGCCGCCGCGGUGGAAUGCGUGGUCUCCUUGCUCGACGCCCUCGAGAAACUCUGCGCCGGGCCCAACGAUUACUUACUGUGCGAUACCGCUGCGCUGAUACUGAAACAUUGGCCGAAGCUUCAAGAUGCCGACUACACCGGACCGUUAACUUAUCAGACCUUGGCCAGAUUGCCCAGUCCAUACAGGGACGUGGUAGCGGUGUUGCAGAGCAAAGAAGAAAAGGAGCACGACUCGUCAGACACUUCGGGACCGGAGAACGUGAGCUCGGCGAGUGAUGGCGAGGUUGAUUCGGACGCGGACAAUGUGUUCCUGCCAGCCCGCACAAGCAAUCCCUCGCCAAACAAAGCACAUAGCGAUCCCAUUGCCGAGAGGACUAAAGCAGUUCCGAAGACACUGAACCUCGGCAGAUGCAAUAUAACUGAAUGCAAUGUCGACCUCGAAAGGCAUAACGCGAGGCAAUUCGUCAAGACAUUACAGAAUUCGCUGUUGCCAAAACUUAUUAACUUGAGAACUUGUAUAGAGGUGGACGAAGCGAUGCAGGACUUCGCUUCAAAGUGCUGCCAGCACAACGCCGCCCAACCGCCGGCCACCGCGUGCAUCAUGAACGCGGACGGCGUCUACCUGGCCACGUACGCCGCACUGCUACUAACGCUGAAGCAGAGGCGCCUCAAAUACUACAACGAGCCGAACAAAGUUCAAGUACCAUUAACAGAAGACGAAUUUGUGGAGGAAGUGCAAGGCAGUGGCGUCUUGGUAUAUUUGUCCGCAACUUGGCUACGCGAAGUGUAUCAACAGGUUCUGGCCAACGAUUUAUUAAAGGACGUGCCUACAUCCGAUCAUCCUCUCAUGCAUUUAUUAUCUGAUCUCGGCGGCUUAGAUCAAAACCCCGUGAUGUCAGAUUGGCAGAGGCUUAAAGAGGUCUCGAGGCUUUAUAACCACUCGGACGAUUCGCCGCAACAACAGGCCAGCUUGCGGUGGGCACGGAGGAUACUGACCUGUAUUUGGGACUCAAUGGUGACGGUCCUGAGUGUACCGUUGACGGGAUACAGGAACAGAAAACACAAACUGCAGGGAAUCAUAUCAAAGAAGAUCAACACGUUCGGAAAGAGGAAGAGAGUCGCUUGGGAGGGGCUAACGAUUCAGUGUUUAGAAGGACUUCAUAAGGCUGCCAGGAUCAGUAACACAUUGAGCCUGCAGAGCCGUUGCAGCAGCAUAUUGGCGUUACUGGCCAAUUCCGCCAUAUCCCAACCACCUAACGGAAAGAUUUUGGCAACUCACGCUCUGUCCCUGGACAUAUUAAUCACAGGUGGGCUGGAGCUCGGAUCUAAAGCGCCGGAGUGCUGGGAGCACAUCUUCAGCGCGUGCCACUACGUGUCCAGUUUGGAGCACUCCUUGUUCGGACAGCAGGGCAACAACGCCACGCCCAUCGUGACGAUGCAGACCGGCAGGAACAAGACAGUCUCCAUACUGCAGGCGGACGCGAAGCUGGCGCUAGACGGGAGAGACGACGAGACUUGUGUGGACGUGUUCAAUUUUCUGCAACCGGUGAUGGAGAACAAUACUAACAAUGACAUGUCCGUGGCGAAGAUCGUUGAAACCUGCCGGCAAGAGCAGGGCGGCAACGUGAUCUCGGGGGCGGGGGCGGCGCGCGUGUGCUGCGCUCUGGCGGCUGCGGCGGACACACUCUUCACGCGGCUGGCCGCCACCACCACGCUACCGACACUGCGCGCUGCACUCCAACGUCUCGUCGCCCACCAGCACCGACUGCUGUUCUCCGCUUGGGAGCAGGACGUGGCGAACAAUAACGCGGCGUGGUGGCGGCGCGGUGCGAAGGCGCCGUCGGCAGGCGCUGGCUGCGCGGCGGAGGCGGCGCGCGCCCUCUGCCGGGCCGGCGACGUGGCGCUGCGGUGCCUCAGGGCCGCACGCCCGCUCGCCCACCGCAUGCCCAUCUGGACGAUCGUCGGGCCGCACUUCAUGCAGGCGGCAUGUCACAAAGACAUUCAAAUCUCUAGUCUAGCCAUACAAUGCCUACAUGACUGUGCAACGACACUGCUUAACCAACAAGUGGAGCUACCCCAUUUCCAUUUCAACGAAGCUCUACUUAAACCAUUUGAAAAUUUACUUUGUCUAGAACUUUGUGAUGACGAUAUUCAGGAACAAAUUAUUUCCUGCAUUUGCGAGUUUGUGGAAACGAAUCGGAUGGAAAUAAGAUCUGGAUGGCGCCCUCUGUUUAAUACAUUGCGGGCAGCCAACAACUCAAACCAGUAUUCUGCUAUUUUAGAAAUAUUCAAAGUCUUCCUGAAUACGGACAACACUUUGGUCUUCGCGAAUGCUGCCCUCGACUGUAUACUAUGUCUCCUGAGCCAUAUAAAGGGACUUCAUUACGACGAAGUUCAAGCUACUGAAGUUAAACCAAAAAAGGUCACAACACCGCCACAGCCGAAACCAAGUUUGAGUCUAAAGUUCUCAAAGAAUAGCAAGUUCAUUCCUCUUAGCGAAGAGAAAUCGGAAAAAGUUAUAAUUGACAUGUGUAGAGAAGCUUUAUAUCAUUUGGAAAGUUGCGCUGAUAUUUUGACAAUGAUGUACAACAUGCCCAAAUGUCCUAUAUUCAAUACCGGCAACAGAGUCAAAGGAGAUAUGCCACUGUCUGUCGUAGAUCCUAUUAUACCAGGGGGAUCACUUGAUGUCACGAAAUACAUCACAAAUGACAGCUUCGAAGAGGAAUUAAUAUCGUAUAGAAAACUAUCUACCACUUUGCAUCCAUCGAACACUACAAACACUUGUCUCUUGAAACUGGACAAGCCAAGUAAUAUACUUAAGGUUUGGUACGUUCUAAUAGAGGGUCUGAUAUCGGCAACGGUGGUGUGCUCGAAGAAGAAUCAGCCAGCAGCCAUGGAAACGUUGUUCAAAUUAUUGAAGAACACCGCCGAUGUUCCAGGAACACACUUCGGUCUCCAUUGCAUCAAUCAUCUGCUUCUGCCAACGGUGCAGAAUUGGCUCAGGCAAAUUGCCAACGUCCACACUCACUGGGACACCAUAAUGCCAAAUUUCAAGCAGUGUUGCGGUAUGACGACAGACACUGUUGUCGUUUUCCUACAUCAUUUACAACAGAUUAACUUGGAACGCUCGACAAUAACGGACGAAAUUGAAGAGAAUAAUGAGGUAACAGAGGUUGAGCCCAUAGAACACCCUGAGGCUACAUUUGCUUUGAAACAAAUUAUGUUGAUACUUGUGGAAUGUAUAGCACAGCCUCAAGAACCGGUAGCCAGAUUGGGUGCUUCUUGCAUAAGACAUAUAAUACUCACAUCGGGACAUUUGCUCACUGAUAAUCAAUGGGAAAUUGUUUGCACAAGUCUGCACAGGGCGUGCAACGUCAGUUUGAGCCCUUUGAAACAAAUAACGUAUGCUUUCAAGGAAAAUUCCAACAGUUUCUAUGGCGAUUUGGCUAUGGUUAAAGUGGCGGCUAGACGUGAUUGUUCUGUCAAUGACAAUGUAAGGUUGCACGCAAUGGCGCAGCAGGUGUUCCUUACUGAACAACUGAGAGGAGAUAGUAACAUAAAGGCUAACGCGAAGAACAAUCAAAACCAAAUGUUGAUCGAUGACCGCAGCUACAUAUUCUUGAUUUAUUUGCAAGAAUCCAUAAAUUCGCUAAACCCCGAAUUGUACACAGUUAGAAUACCUUACAGGGGAUUAGUCGUCGGACUGCUGGCUCAUCAAAUCUUAAUACAAAUAAUUGCCACAGUUCUCAUUCAAGCAUCUUCAGACGUCUUUCAAGGUAUCAAUAACAUAUUACUCGAAAGCUUGAAAAGCGGUUCUAACGUGUGCAAUUACCGAUUUUUCCUAAAUAACAAUAAUAUCGAUUUACUCCUGAAGAGUCUUGAAAUGUCUUACAUGAGAGCGAUGCAAUUCGAUUUGCGACCGGGUCUGAAAUUUUUGGUUCAGAAAGUCUCCAACCUAGACCAUGCCGCAAAUCUGUACAAGCAGACGACGUCUUCGUGGUUGAUUAAAAUUAUAGCUCUGACGGAAAUAUUCUUCAGUGGGGUAUACAGAUACAAGCUUAAACCCACCGACGUGUCUAUAAUAUUGAACAAUUACACGUCCUCGUUGAAUUUGACCCUCGAAUACGACCGUUUCGUGAGGAAAAUAUUCGAUUUGAAAACAACGUGGGAGUUGCUCUGCAACAAUUUCGUCAAGCACUCUAUCCACGUGACGGACUUCGACGAAUCGGACCGCUCGAUGGAGAAGGAUCGCUUGUCCUGCAGCUCGGUGGAAAGCGAGUCGUCGUCUAAUAAUUACGAGCAGUAUUACGCACAAGAGACGGUCGAUAUCCACGAGCCACCGACGAACGUUUCAGACGUUGAGACCGCUCACGAAGAGACUACAGAAGAAACCGUCGACGAACCCAGGCCGUUCACGUUCGCCGAUUUCAAAAGGAACAGUACCAAAGCCGUCGCCGAAUCAGUGAGCGCUCACGAAAACGUAAACCUCGAAUGCAUCGAUAACUUAUCGGACAUUGAAAGGAAUCUCCAAUCGAACGACCUACAUACGGACAAAAGUAGGCGGGAGCUUAUUGAGGGGACAACGCACAGGCCGUUGACUCGCUCCGAGAAUGAAGUAGAAAAUAAAGGAGAGAAUAAAAACGCACUAAUUAACCAAAUUAACGCGCGAAAAGUUAACAUUACUAUAUGCGAUGGUCCCACUUUUGAGAAGAGCAAAGCGCCUGACCCAAUCAUUCCUCCUCAACCCGUGCCUCCGGAAAUUGAACAGCAGAGGACAAUGAGCAUAAGCAAAGACAUGGAGCUGCGCCGUACGUGCCUGCAAAGCAUACUGAUGGCGUACCUGGAGCUGGUUCUAACGUUCCCGUUGGAGAGAUUCCAACUAAUCAAUCCCGUGCUGAACCACGGUUUCCUGCAACUGGCCAAAACGGUCACAGAGCCGCAGCUACUCGAUAGAAUAAAUCUAUUUUUCGACAAAAAGGAUGUGAACGAAUUUAAUUAUAAG